UGCAAGAGAAAGAAGUCUGAUGCUUGCUUAAGAAACAUGCAAAUCCCUGGCAGAGUUUUUUGUCUGUUAGGUUUUGUAUGGCACAGGUAACUCCAGCAAGAUCUAGGAACUCAGCCAAGUAGAUGGUUCGGCAGACUCCAAAGUAAUUUUUAAAAAAAAAAAAAAAUCUGAUCCAGGGAGCAGCAGGAACUGAUUCAAGAGCUCUGGAUCUGAAAUCUGCAACGGAGGAAUUAUGCUGAGGUGUGUGUCCCGCUGAGUUUCUCUGUCUGAAACGGACUUUUUAUCUUGCUUGGAUUUGAACGGCACCCAAACCGCCUUGGUCUAGAUUAUGCAGAGAAUGAGGUAUCCUUGGGCGUUGCUUUGUGUGCCACCAUCCAGUCACGCCGAGUUGUGGGAAGAGAUGGAUCUCAACAAUAAUAUGGAAAAAGCAAACGAAAAUGUCCACAGUGUGGCAAAGCAGGAAGGUGCUCUUGUUAAGAGUCUGAGCAGGAAACCCAAUGGCAUCACAUUGCUCGAGAAGGCGAAAGAAAAACUUCUCCAGAAUAAUACCAUACAAACAUCUAGAUGCCCAAGGCAUUUAAAAAUUAAAAAUUGGGAGACUGGAACAAUCCUCCAAGAUGCAUUGCACCAUGAGGCCAAAGAGGUUCUUAACUGUCAGAACAAAGUUUGCCAGGGAUCUCUCAUGAAUCCGAAAGGGUUAAUCCGAGGUCCCCGAGAGGAACCCAUCCCCAGAGACAAAUUGCUACUCCAAGCAACUGAGUUUAUCCACCUUUUCUACAACACGCUUCAAAAGGCAGAAACGGAAGAGCACACAACACGGCUGGAAGCAGUGGCUCAGGAGAUAGAAAGAACAGGAACGUAUCAACUCACCAAAGAAGAGCUUAUCUUUGCCACAAAGCAAGCCUGGAGAAAUGCUCCGCGGUGCAUCGGGAGAAUCCAGUGGUCCAAUUUACAGGUGUUUGAUGCUCGCAGUUGCACUAACGCUAAAGAAAUGUUUGAACAUCUUUGUCGCCAUUUGGAGUAUGCUACAAAUGGAGGGAACAUAAGGUCCACCAUCACUGUCUUCCCCCACAGGACUGAUGGAAAGCACGACUUCCGAAUAUGGAACAAUCAACUCAUCCAGUAUGCUGGCUACCAGAUGCCAGAUGGAUCCAUUGUGGGAGAUCCAGCCAACGUGGAGUUUACACAACUCUGCAUCCAGCUUGGCUGGAGAGCCAAAUAUGGCUGCUUUGAUGUGCUUCCACUGGUCCUGCAAGCCAAUGGUCAAGACCCAGAAUUAUUUGAACUGCCGCCAGAGCUCAUCCUGGAGGUGUCGAUGGAGCAUCCCACAUAUGAAUGGUUUAAAGACCUGGACUUGAAGUGGUAUGCAGUUCCGGCUGUGUCUAAUAUGCUCCUUGAAGUUGGUGGGUUGGAAUUUACAGCUUGUCCUUUUAAUGGCUGGUACAUGGGGACUGAGAUUGGGGUACGGGACUUCUGUGAUGUCCGGCGCUACAAUAUUCUUCAGGAAGUGGGGAGAAGGAUGGGCCUGGAAACAAACAAACUCUCUUCCCUGUGGAAAGACAAAGCUGUUAUAGAGGUUAACGUUGCUGUGCUCCAUAGUUUUCAGAAGCAAAGCAUCACUAUCAUGGACCACCAUUCUGCCGCGGAAUCAUUCAUGAAAUACAUGCAGAAUGAAUACCGGAUUCGUGGCGGGUGUCCGGCAGAUUGGGUUUGGCUGGUUCCUCCCAUCUCGGGUAGCAUUACACCUCUCUUCCACCAGGAGAUGUUGAAUUACAUUAUCUCACCGUUCUAUUAUUAUCAGGUGGAGGCAUGGAAAACACACGUCUGGAAAGAUGAGAAACACAAGCCAAAGAAAAGAGAGAUCAGAUUCUGCAUAUGGGCCAAGGCUGUGUUUUUUGCGUCCUCGUUGAUGCGAAGAGCCAUGGCGGUCAGGAUCAAAGCAACGGUGCUCUAUGCAACAGAGACAGGGAAGUCAGAGACGCUCGCUCGAAAGCUGGGGGAUAUGUUCAAUUGCGCCUUCAGUACCAAGGUUACCUGUAUGGGGGAUUACAACCUAAGAGACCUUGAGAAGGAAACUCUACUUCUGGUGGUCACCAGCACUUUUGGAAAUGGCGAUGCACCAAGCAACGGCAAAACUCUGCAGAAUGCCCUCUUGUCAAUGAAACAACUGAGUAACAAAUUCCGGUAUGCGGUCUUUGGCUUGGGUUCAAGCAUGUAUCCAGAAUUCUGUGCCUUUGCCUGUCUUGUGCACCAAAAACUUGCACAGUUGGGGGCAUUUCCAGUCAGCCCAAUGGGUGAAGGAGAUGAACUCAAUGGGCAAGAAGAAGCUUUUCGGAACUGGGCCAUUCUUACAUUUCAGACUGCCUGUGAAAUUUUUGAUAUCCGUGGAAAGCACAAGAUCCUGUUACCAAAAGAAUAUACAUGUAAGGAAAGCUGGAACCCCAGGGAUUUUAGGAUUGUAUAUGACUCUCGGCCAUUGGAUUUAGAGAAAGCACUUGGUGAUAUUCAUGGGAAAAAUGUAGUUCCACUGACCCUCAAAUUUCGGCAGAAUCUUCAAAGUUCACAGUCCAGCCGCGUUACCAUGCUAAUUAAACUUUCCUGUGAAACCAAUCAGGAAAUCAACUAUCUCCCAGGGGACCAUCUUGGGAUCUUCCCUACAAACCGAGAAGCUUUGGUUGAUGGUAUCAUCUCCCGAGUAGCAGAUGCUCCUCCGUUCAAUGAAAUCUUUAGACUGGAAACAUGCCGCGAUCGUGGCUACUGGACUCCUUACAAAAAGUUUCCAGCAUGUACACUGUACCAAGCUUUGAUGCAUUUCCUUGAUGUCACCUCUCCUCCUUCCCAGCAGUUGCUAAGAUCAUUUUCCCAGCUGGCAGAAGAUAAAAGUGAGAAGGAAAAGCUGCAUCUCUUGUGUCAUAAUUUGGAGGAAUACAACAAGUGGAAAUUUUACAACAGCCCUACUAUUUUGGAAGUCCUGGAGGAAUUCCCAUCCAUCAGGCUCUCAACAGCCUUCUUACUCUCUCAGCUGCCUUUACUCAAACCCAGAUAUUACUCCAUCAGUUCUUCGCAGGAUUGGGCGCCCCAGGAAUUACAUUUGACUGUGGCUGUAGUGACCUAUAGAUCUAGAAAUGGAAAAGGUCCAGUGCACCAUGGGAUAUGCAGUACUUGGUUGAACACAGUGGCCCCGAAAAAGACAAUUCCCUGUUUUAUUCGCAGUGCUGCUGGAUUCCAACUUCCAAAAGAUCCAAGAAAACCGUGCAUCCUGAUUGGUCCUGGUACAGGAAUUGCUCCUUUUAGAAGCUUCUGGCAACAACGACACUUUGACUUAGAAAAGAAAGGGAUCCAAGGGAGAGGUCUGAUCCUGCUGUUCGGCUGCCGUCACUCCAGUCUGGACCACCUCUACCGAGAAGAAAUGGAGGAGAUGCAUCAGAAAGGGAUUCUCCAAGAGGUCUACACGGCUUACUCCAGAGAGCCCGGGAAUCCCAAAGUUUAUGUGCAGGAUCUCCUUCGGAAAGAAUUAGAAGCAGAGGUAUACAGGCUUCUCCAUGAAGAAGGGGGACAUCUGUAUGUCUGCGGGGACAUCCGCAUGGCCAGCGAAGUGGCUAAGACCUUAAAGGAGAUGUUUGCAAAGAAGCUGAGCUUGACUGAAGAGGAAGCAGAGGACUAUUGUUUUCAGCUAAAGAGGCAGAAACGAUACAAAGAGGACAUCUUUGGAGCAACGUUUCCAAAAGAGAACCAAAGAACCAUGGAAGAAAUAAAAACUGAAAGACCCAUAAAAAUCUUAGACUCUCAAGCCCAGUUAAAACUUUAACCGUAACUUCCUACACAGAGGCCUUCUUUAGCCUCAACGGGGGUCCCCAAAUGUUGCUUUUACAGCAGUGUCUGCCAACGUGGACCAAAUAAGCAGAAUUUGCACCACAAAACCAAAUUGUUUGGGUUUUGGAUAAAACACACAUACUGUACUAUUUUAUUUAAUUCUAUUUAAUUCUUUUAGACUAUGUCUAUUUUAUUGGAACUUUUGUAGUGAUCAGUCUUUAUUAUAUUAUUAUUAUUAUUAUUAUUAUUAUUAUUAUUAUUUAAAUUCCAUUCUUGGACAAAGGGGGCAGCUUUUGUGGGCUGUUUUCACCCUGCUUUUGUGUGUUCAGAAGAGAAACGGCUAACCUCAUAUAAAACCAAAAACUGGAACUGCUUAUAGGUGCUUGCACAGGGGCAACUGCGGGAGGAUUUAAAAAAAAAAAUCAAGAUGACAGCAAUAAUCGUAUGACUGCAUACAUAUCACACAUAAAAAGGGACCGGAAUUAAUUAUGCCAUUGCAGUUGCCAUCUUGACUUUUCUUGACUUCCUCUGUGGAUGUUCCUGGCCGUUCAUAAUAUGUGCCUGAGGCAUUGCUGUUGGAGGUCAUGUUUUCCCAGCACACAACGUUACAAGGGAAGGAGUGUGAUUUCUGGAUUGUAGCUAUGUUGCUAGGGUCCUUUUUCUUCCCGGGGCUGAGAGAGGGACUGGCUGAAGGGUCACCUCAGACAGGGCUAGAACUCAGUUGUUAUCCGGUGCCUUAACCAUUACACCAAGCUGGCUCUCAACACCACAUCACCACCCGAUUUCACAUUCCAAUAGCAUCAACCCAUUCCCAAUAUGUUACUACAGUAUUUGCUGAAAACGAGUCUACUCUUUUGAGAACUUCAACAUUGGCAUUACAGCCACCUUUCAAACACAGGACCAGCAUUUGUUGAGGCAGAAUUGGUAUUGAUGAUCCUAUUCUUAAAGAAGACCGCUGUCCCAAAACGGUGGGUUAUCGAUUGUCCCACCUUGAAUGCCCUUCAAGAGUCUGUCUUGUCGUCCUGAAGGAGCCGGUCUCGAUCAGCACAGGGCAAAUAAAAUCAGAUCAUCUAUUGACUUGAACAUGGUUUUUUUUUUUGGUCUCACAUCUUGGGGGAAUGGGAAGGAUCAAUGUGAGGGAAAGA